CAGCUCUCAGUCAGACUGAGGCAGUUUGUUAAGAGCACUCAGGAACAUGGCUUCAUCUUUUCUCUGCUUCACCCUCCUCUUCAUCAGCAUCCGCACUGCAGAUGGAUUUUUAGAGUAUAGGGUGGAACGCUGUGAAUUUAACUCCACUGCGCUGAAGCACAUCGAGUACAUCUACUCUCGCUAUUACAAGAAGAUAGAGUACAUCAGGUUCAGCAGCAGUGUGGGGAAGUAUGUUGGAUUCACUGAGCAUGGAGUGGAGCUGGCAAUGCUCUGGAACAAUAAUACUGCACGGCUGAAUUCAAUGAGACAAAUGGUAACGGAAUAUUGUUACCAUAACAUUGAUGUUCAUGAUCGGGCUGUUCUAGCUAAGUCAGUUCAGCCCAGUGUCAGAAUUAAGUCCAAGACUCCGCUUUCUGGUCAACAUCCUGCCAUGUUGGUCUGCAGCGUCUACGACUUCUUUCCCAGUGAGAUCAAAGUGAGCUGGCUCAGAGACGGACAGGAAGUCACCUCUGAUGUCACUUCCACUAAGGAGAUGGCAAAUGGUGAUUGGUACUACCAGACUCACUCCUACCUGGAGUACACACCCAGGUCUGGCGAGAACAUCUCCUGUGUGGUGGAGCACGCCAGCCUGAAGGAACCUCUGAUCACUGACUGGGAGCCGUCCUCGGACAAAUCAACUCCUGAAUCAACCAUGCUGAUUGCCAUCGGAGCCUCUAUACUGACCCUGGGUCUGAUCUUACUUUUGGCUGGAUGUUUUCUCUACAGGUGGAAAGCCGCAGAUCAUACUCUGUUUUUCAAUUAAUGAGGCAGGAUCCUGAUCCUAGUCCUGGCUCUUUCUGAUGGAGUAAGAAGCAGCUGAUUUGUGUGUUCAGCAGACUCAUGAUCUCUGGAAUGGGCGACUCUGAACCUGAUCCAUGACCAAACUCAUGUAUAGAUGUUUAAUUAAUGUCUUUGAACCACAAUAAACAUAACAUUUCACCUGUGUGCUUACUUACAUGCAUCAACACAUUGAUGUCACUGUACACUGUUUAAAACCCUUUAGUGUUCCGGUCAACCAAUUGGUAGAGCACAUUUUCAGGCCCUAUAUCUAACUGAGGCUUUCACUGAAAUUGGCCUACCUUAUUGAGUCUUUUCUACCAAUUGGUUUACAUCUGUAAUGCCAAAAAAAUCCAUCAGAAGGCACUGCAAAUGGAAACUGUUGGCUCUUCUUAUCCCUCUCCCAAUAAAACUAAGGUAGGAAGAUAACAUUUUUUGAUAUAUGAUAGUGUUGGAGGACUUACUAAACAGAUGUAUGUCACUUGAAUGUAUUAAAAAAGUGAAAUUAAAUGUUUAAUAAUUUUUUUAAAAAGUGGUCAAACAAAAGCAUCUUUAUGGUGCUAAUGCUAACAUAACCUAAAUGUUAUUAAAAUUGACUAUUUGCCAUAAAAUCAGACCACUAGACCCAUUUUGUUUAUCCAUUGCUAUUGAUAAAUCACAUUAAGUGUUAGCACAGCAAGAAUAUGCUGAAAUAAUUUCCUCAGUAAGUCAUUUUUGUAACUUUCUGAGUUAAUAUUAAUAAAUAUUGUAAAAAUCAAGAAUAACACGUGUAAAUCAUAAAUAUCACAACUGAUUACCUUUUAAUCAAAUUACAGUAGCUGGUAAAUUAAUAUUACUAAGUUGUUAAAAUUAUAAUUUCAUGUUUAACAAGUACUAUAUGGACACUAAACAAUUAUAUGGCUCAAAAUC